GAGGAAAAGACAACUAGUACUAGUCACUUCAUAAUAUUGGUUCCGGUUCUUCCGCCACCGCCUUUGUUCAUAUACUAGAAUAUGCAGUGGUUGCGUGAUUUUCCGGAUGCACGUUUGUGCGAGCUUUGUUGUAUCCCAGGGGCGCACCACUCAGCGACGGCUGCGGAUGGAGGGAACUUGCUGGAUCCCAAGCGACUAGUAUGGAAUCUUUACUGUCAAACGCAGAGCAUGACUGUAAAGCAGCAAUUGCAGGCUGGCGUUCGGAUGCUAGACCUAAGGGUGGAAAAGGAGCCGCCGUUUGCUGUUGCGCAUUUAGGAACAGGGCAUGGAGUUUAAGUUUGUUUAUUGGUCUACCGGUUUCUCAGAAACUUUCUGAUGUGGGAACGAGAGUCCGCAUCAAAAUUGACGACAAUGCUGGUUUGCGUUGGAUGUUGUUGGGUGUCGUACGAAUCCAUAGAUACAAAGGUUCAGACCGUCUCUGCUCUUAGUGAAACUAAUGCUGUUGUUUCCUCUCUCUCCAAUUUAGCGGUUCAGACACCCUUGUGAUGAGGCGC